AUGGCGACAAACGCGGACCGAGAGUUUGACAAGCAGGACACUAGUACCGAUGACAUCCCCCAGGGUGGAGACACGGUCGACAACUCUUAUGCUAGUCGCCCAGGUCAGUCGCAUAUACCGGUAGUGAAGGACGAGACACCGGUUGAGCAGCCUAACGACGCACGCAAUCCCGACUCAACCCAAGCUCUAGAGCAAGAUGAAUCUGAAGCGAUAGACAAACGCAACAUUCUCAAAGGUGAUCGAACUCGACAUGCGACAAAGCCCAAAGGCACUUAUCGGGAUCCGGAGGGAGAGGACGACCUACCGGCCGAUGACGGGACUUCUGCCGUGCGUUGA